UUUCUGUGAAUUUUGACUUUUGGUUGGGAUUUGAUGUGGUUCUGAAGAUGGCAACAAAAAUCUCUAUGGCCUUUCGAAUUCUGAAAUACAGUUUUUGUAGUUCUCUGUGAAAGGAAUAAUAAGGUUGUAUUGAAACUAUGGCAUCUAGCGAUGGAAAAAGAAAUAAAACAUACAAAGAGGAGAUUUUGAGCACUUUAGUUUUCUUCUUUGGGUGUGAACUUUCAUUCUGUUCUCUAGUUCUGCCAUUAGGUCGAUUCUUUGAGCACAUUAGUUCUUUGGGUGUGAACUUUCUUCUUUGAGUCUUUAUGGACCAUAUUUAUCUCCAUUUUGGGUACGGAUGUUAGCUCAUGUUUUAAUUGAGUGUCUGAUUAUUAACCAAAUGCAUGACCUGUGGUGUCUCUUUUUUAAGACACUAUAAUCAUUUUUCCCUGGGUUGAUUUCUAGGAUUCUAUCAUCCAGCUUAUAAUAGAGUAUGAAAUUUUAUGUGCAAUAUUUGAGAAGCACACCUUGUAGUUCGCAACCAACCCUUUUUGAACUAGAAACCAUCAAAUUAAGUAUUUUAGUUCAUUCCUUAAAUUCGAUGAGCUGCUUUUUUUUUCUGGCAUCAAACGACCUGGUAUUUUUUUCAUGUUGCUUAUGUGUUUUUCAGGAGUAUAUUCUUCUUAGCACCCUUCUGCAAGUAAUUUGUUUCAUUAGGUUCACAUCCUCGUACAAAAGAAAUGGAGAGAAUUGUUUCAUCAUGAUGGACAUGCAUGAUAUUUUCGCUGGACUUCUCUUUUAUAUCAACUUGCUUAACAUGCCUAAAAUUUGUAAAUCUGUAUCAUAAGGGGUAUAUAAAUUAAUCGUGUCAUUUGGGAAAAGAGGUUAUUCCAUGUCUAACAAGUCAAAUAUUUCAGACAUCUACACUGAAAAUGAUUUCGUUUAUAAUUGAUGCAAUAUUUUUCUGAUGAAUUAGCAUCUCAGUCCUUUUUCAAGAAAGGUAAUAGUGGUAUUUCCUUAUUGUGACAUUAAAAUUUUGUUUUCUGCCCAUGCUUAUCUUGGCCCGGAUUUCAACACUAGGGUGCUGGAGUUGAUGACAUAUUGAUAUGUAACUGUAUAUCUGCUUGAUUUAUUACUGAUUUUAUCAUAAUUUCGUUUUAUAAUAUUCACAAAAUAAGUUACACUCGUUUUAACAUGAUUGCAAGUGAAAAAAGUAAAAGUUUUUGGAUGGUUCUUUUUUUGUCCAGGUAACUUAUUUGUGUUUAAAGUUUCAAUGGAUUCCGACUGACAAUACACUCGAGUUUUAAUCGCUCUAUUACCCUACAUCUCUGAGUCAUGAGCUUACUCCCAAAUUCUCAGAACAUAGUGAGAAACAGCUGAACAUGUUGAAGUUAGAUGCUGUAACUACAGAGAAAGGGGAAAAUGAUCUUGCAGAAUUAAUAGAUAGAAAACCAUAUCAAGAUAUAGAAUCGUCUCUUCCCUAUCAUAUCAGCAAGGAUGCUUCAGUGAUUCAAAACCAAAAUGGGAAUAAACCUAUGCCAUCUGCAUCAGAUGAUCUUCGUGCUGAAAUCCAGAAUAUUGAGCUAUAUGCAGAUAAGGCCGCGACUGGUGUCUGUCAAACUGUGAAAGACAUAUGCAUGGAUGAAAGUUUACCACAUAAAAAGAUUCUGUUAGAAAGCAGUGACACCACCGAGGAGAGUUUAGCUGGCAUCAAACCAUCAGCAACAAAUACAGAUGAUAAUCCAAGUGGACGACUUACAGAAUGUGUGACUCUAAUUAUGCAGGAUCUACACAUAGCUUCUGUUGUUGCUAAGGAUGCUGCGGACCAAUAUUCACUUUGUAGCUUAGUUGAACUUGAAGACAAGCAGAAGGCAGAUGUGCAUAUUACAAAACAUUUAUCUGACCAUAAUAUCAGUUUUCAGCCAUUGCUUUCUACCGGAGAUUUUGACAUGGUUCCUCGUCAAUUGGAUACAAACAAAUUCAAUCGACUGCAUAUUUUCCAGAAAAAUACUGGACAGGUUAAACAUGAUGAAGUAUGCUCAACAACUCUGGCUUCAUCAAGCAUCACCACUGAUUCUAAGGAAACCAGUGGGUUGGUGAAAAAUUAUACCAGUGUUACGUCACUGGGUAGUCUGAAAGGUGGCUGCUCCACUGCUGAAGUUGAGCCAUCAGAUGUGGGAGGUGAGAAGGAAGGAGGAGGAAAUGUUUCUCCUUUCUUCAAUCCUGGAGCAACGACAAACAAAGAAAUAGAGGAGAACAGUGGUAAUACUGAUAGUGAAUCUUUCAUAGAUGCCCAAAAUUGUUUUGCAGGUGAAGAGAUGGUUUUUGAUGGUGUCACGUCUUCUUCACGAUGUUCGUGUUGUCACAAGAACGCUGGAGACCCAAGUUCCUCUGGUCCAAAAUCAUCCUCAGGGCACAUUGUAUUUUCUGGUAAUAUUUCUCUUCGAUCGGAUAGCACCACCAGCACUCGCUCCUUUGCCUUUCCGAUAUUACAACCGGAUUGGAAUUCCAGCCCAGUGAAAAUGGCUAAAGCAGACAGCAGGCAUUUGAAAAAGCACCGGUUUUGGAGGUCAGGAAUUUUAUGUUGUAAAUUCUGAAGAUAAUAUGCCUGACCCUCUCUUCUUUUUAUUACGUGCCUCGCAAAAGUUUACAUUUCCAUUGUCAUAAAAAUCAGCCAUGGGUUUCUUUUUGGCCCCCGCGAUCCUGCUGCUUGUUUUUAUACACUCGAGGCAGGUUAGGAGGAAGAAUGUUGCGCUUUGGAUUGUGGUUUGAAUUGUGUAACGUAACCAAAAUAUUCUUGUCUGUCUGUCAAAGAAAGCAAGUAAUGGUUCUCUUUAUAUAUAUAUAUGUAUCUGCAAAGAAUUAAGCGUGGAGGAUUCGAGUAAUGGUUCUC